GCACCCCCCUCUAAAAUCCGUCCACCCCGGACCUCCUCGGCGCCUCGCGUCCCCUUUCCCCCUCCGCAAGAAAGAAAGCGAAGCAGCUCCGCCUCCGCCUCCACCCCCACCCCCACCACAAACUCAGGCUCGCUCGCCGACGACCGCCUCCGACCCCGCGCCAUGUACCGCGCGGCAGCCAGCCUCGCCUCCAAGGCGCGGCAAGCCGGGAGCAGCGCCGCCGCACGCCAGGUUGGGAGCAGGCUUGGCUGGAGCAGAAACUAUGCUGCCAAGGAUAUCAGGUUUGGCGUUGAGGCCCGUGCUCUGAUGCUGAGGGGUGUUGAAGAAUUGGCUGAUGCAGUCAAAGUGACGAUGGGUCCUAAGGGUCGCAAUGUGGUUAUUGAACAAAGCUUUGGUGCACCUAAAGUCACAAAGGAUGGUGUGACCGUUGCUAAGAGCAUUGAAUUCAAGGAUAGAGUAAAGAAUGUUGGUGCGAGCCUUGUGAAGCAGGUUGCCAAUGCAACUAACGACACUGCUGGAGAUGGUACCACAUGUGCAACUGUUUUGACAAAAGCAAUAUUUACUGAGGGGUGCAAGUCUGUUGCGGCUGGAAUGAAUGCUAUGGAUUUAAGGCGUGGAAUCUCAAUGGCUGUUGAUGCUGUUGUGACCAAUCUGAAGGGCAUGGCCAGAAUGAUCAGCACUUCAGAAGAGAUUGCACAGGUGGGUACAAUAUCAGCAAACGGGGAAAGGGAAAUUGGUGAGCUUAUUGCCAAAGCUAUGGAGAAGGUUGGCAAAGAGGGUGUAAUCACCAUUGCGGAUGGUAACACCCUUUACAAUGAGCUUGAAGUUGUUGAGGGCAUGAAACUCGACAGAGGUUACAUCUCUCCGUACUUCAUUACCAACUCAAAAACCCAAAAAUGUGAACUGGAAGACCCAUUGAUUUUGAUUCAUGACAAGAAGGUUUCGAACAUGCACGCAGUGGUUAAAGUUUUAGAGAUGGCCCUUAAGAAGCAAAGGCCUCUACUGAUUGUCGCAGAAGAUGUGGAAAGUGAAGCAUUGGGCACUCUGAUUAUUAACAAGCUUCGUGCUGGCAUCAAGGUCUGCGCUGUCAAAGCUCCUGGUUUUGGUGAAAACAGGAAGGCGAACUUACAAGACCUUGCUAUCCUUACCGGAGGAGAAGUCAUAACCGAAGAACUUGGAAUGAACCUUGAGAAUUUUGAGCCUCACAUGUUGGGUACAUGCAAAAAGGUGACGGUCUCUAAGGAUGACACUGUUAUUCUUGAUGGAGCUGGAGACAAGAAGUCCAUUGAGGAGAGGGCAGAGCAGAUUAGAUCUGCAAUUGAGAAUAGCACUUCUGAUUAUGACAAGGAAAAGCUACAAGAGCGGUUGGCAAAGCUCUCUGGAGGUGUUGCUGUUCUAAAGAUUGGAGGAGCCAGCGAAGCAGAAGUUGGUGAGAAGAAGGAUAGAGUGACAGAUGCCUUGAACGCUACUAAGGCAGCUGUGGAAGAGGGCAUCGUGCCAGGUGGUGGUGUUGCUCUUCUCUAUGCAUCAAAGGAGCUUGAUAAAUUGCAGACUGCGAACUUUGAUCAGAAGAUUGGUGUACAGAUCAUUCAGAAUGCUCUGAAGACACCUGUGCACACUAUUGCUUCCAAUGCUGGUGUGGAGGGAGCAGUUGUGGUGGGCAAGCUUUUGGAGCAAGGGAACACUGACCUUGGUUAUGAUGCUGCUAAAGGUGAAUACGUCGACAUGGUGAAGGCUGGUAUCAUCGACCCACUUAAAGUGAUUAGAACUGCCCUGGUUGAUGCUGCUAGCGUGUCGUCCCUGAUGACCACCACGGAGUCCAUCAUUGUAGAGAUCCCCAAGGAGGAGACACCGGCGCCAGCAAUGGGCGGCAUGGGUGGGAUGGACUACUAAGGGCAUCACACCCACGGCAAUACACAUCAGAUCAACAUGAACUAGGAUUCUUUUUGCUCAGCGGUGCAAGUUCAUCUUUAGUGUAUUUUGGUGGUUGAUGAGGUGAUUGUCAGGCGAUACAAUUUUGAGUCUGCGUACGGAAGACCAGUUCCAAACGGAACCGGUGUGGGAAUAAUAAACUGUAGCUGUUGAGAGCUGGAGCGGUAGAUCAAAAUUCGAUUCUGACACCUUGUGCCGGACUUUCUAUACUGAAGCACUACAAGUUUUUUGGCGGUGGGUAAGGUUUC